UCUGUCUCCCACGGUGGCCCGCGAUCUGGCAAGUGUUUUUUACGUUGUGUCUGGUGUGAUCUUCGUUCGCGACAAUCGCCAAGUGCGAAAAACAUUUGUUGUUUCAACUUUUGACCAUUCUGAUCCUUCCACUCUUCUCUCCCCUUCAAAACAAACCGCCUAACCUCAAUUCGGAGUGUCAAAAUCUGUCAAGUGUAAAUAUAAAGUGAAUUUCCCCCCGUGGGUGGAAAUGGCGUCUUACGAGAAGCCAGUGGUGAAAGAAAAAAAGUCAGACAAGUCACGGAGCAUCUUGCCAGCUUACGGACUAAGGUGCACUCUACAGGGACACCAAAAGUCCGUGUCGUCCGUCAAAUUCAGUCCCGAUGGCCUCUGGCUGGCUAGCUCCUCUGCGGACAAGACAAUCAUACUUUGGAGGGUCAGUAAUUUUAACCGGUACAGAACCCUUACCGGACAUACCCAGGGUAUAUCUGAUAUCGCUUGGCCCUCUUAUAGCUCGGAACAGGAGAAGAAACAAGAAAAGAAACGAUCCAGCCGCAUGCUAGUUUCUGCUUCGGACGAUUGCACUUUGAAAAUAUGGGAUAUCACGGACGGAACAUGCUUGAAAACGUUGGUAGGUCACACCAAUUAUGUGCUGUGUUGCAAUUUUAGUCACGAUGGAAUGCGAGUUGCAUCUGGAUCGUUUGAUGAAACUAUCAAAAUCUGGAAUGUGACAACAGGACAGUGCAUACAAACUCUUCAAGGCCACACAGAUCUCAUUAGUGCAGUAGAUUUUCAUAGGAUGGGGAAAUAUUUGGUAUCUGGCAGUUACGAUGGCAGAAUAUUGUUAUGGGAGUUGGAAAGUGGAACGCACACAAGAUUGACGAUUUUUGAUAAUAACAAACCAGAGUCUGAAACGGGACUAUUCAGUUAUGAGCCACCUUCCGUGACUUUUGUCAGAUAUUCACCAAACGGAAAAUAUGUCUUAGCUGCUUCAGCAGAAAGCAAAUUGCGCUUGUGGGAAAUUGAAAAUCACAGAGUUUUGAAAGAAUAUGGAGGCCACAAGCACAACAAUUAUUGUAUUUUUGCCAAUUUCUCUGUUACUGGGGGAAAGUGGAUUGUAAGUGGCUCGGAAGAUCGAUGUGUAUACGUUUGGAAUUUGCAGAGUAAAGAAUUAGUUCAAAAAUUAACUGGACAUAAAGAUGUAGUACUUUGCACAGACUGUCAUCCAACUAGAAAUAUGAUUGCAUCUGGAGCUUUGGACCGAGACAGAACAAUUAAAAUAUGGAUAAGUGACACAUGAGUACUCCUGACUUUUUACUGUAUAGGAAACUUAUCGAUUUCUUUAAAUUGAAGCUCAUUAUUUUUAAGUCAAUCAACUAUAGGCAAGAGAUCAUCUAACUUCAUCAUUAGCUUUAUUAAAAUCGCGCAUCUACUUUUAUACCGAUUUGUUUUUAUAAAAUGCAUUUAAAACAAAAAAAAAUAUAUACAUAUAUAUUUUGAUAUUGUAGUUGUAAAAUCGUCCAGCAUGAGUCAAUUAAUUUUAAAAACACAUACAAAUAAAAAAAUCAGGUAAAUUAUCGCAUCGCGUACAUAAGUACAAAGUCUUAAGAAUGCAAAUGUAUGUAAAAAUCGUACCCUAUACACGCUCAACUGUACGCGACGAUCGGCGGAGUGGUAAAUAAAAAGA